AUGUUGGACGAUUGUAAUAUCUUAGUCAUGAGUUUCCGUAGAAUACGAACUGAGUUGCAGGAUCCUAGAAAUAACGAUCUGCGACUCCGAAUUGUUGGUUCUAAAGAACGGUUUGGUGUACAGUAUGAACUGCGAACUAUGGAUGAGGUGGUUGGUCUAAUUCCAGGUGAUUUUUCAGUUGACAAGGAUGACCAUGAUAUUAUAGUUGAUCAUAGGUCCAAUGGGUUGCAACGUAUUUCAAGUUUACAUCCCAAGUUCGAAGCAUUGCAUUUUCCAUUAUUGUUUCCUUAUGGCGAGGAUGGAUUCCAUUUGAGAAUGAGUUAUCGUACUACUCACCGUUCCACCUCUACAAAGAGGAAGCACGUUACUCAAAGAGAGUACUACUAUAUUCGGUUACAGUUUCGUGUUAGCGAGGGACACACUCUUCUCCGUGGUGGAACGACUUUUCAGCAUUACUAUGUUGAUGCAUUCGCCACGAUCGAGCAGAACAGGCUCACUUUUCUACGGUAUCAUCAAAAGCAACUUAGGACAGAAUUAUAUAAGGGAUUGCAUGAUGCAUUUAGUAAAGGUGAUCUCGAUGCUAAGCAUUUGGGCAGUGUGAUUUUGCCAGCAACCUAUAUUGGAAGUCUUCGAUAUAUGAAGCAACUAUAUUUAGAUGCAAUGGCCAUAUGCCAGUAUUUUGGAAACCCCGAUCUCUUUAUUGCGUUCACUUGCAAUGCACAGUGUCCUGAGAUAACCGAUGCUUUCAGUUCUGUCCUUGGUUCUAAGGGAGACGAAAAGCCACAAAUUAUAGCUCGUGUGUUCAAUAUGAAGCUGAAGAUCCUCAAGGAAUAUAUUCACAAAUCAUGUUGUUUUGGACGCUCGGUGGCUGGUGUGGCGUUAUACUUUAUUAUGCCAUUUUAA